AUGAACUUUCCGCCGCCGGUUAACCCGGAGGACCCCGGGUAUGGCCCCAUGGAGAUGGGGCUGGCCUGGACCUUCACCGUCUUCGCCAUGGCCGCCGUUGGGCUCCGCGCCUAUGUCCGUCAAUCACUAGCCAAGCGCCUCUCCAGCGAUGACUGGCUCAUGUGUCUCGCUUUGGCGUUUCACAUGAUCUCCAUGGGCUUCGUGUCUACUGGCUACUACUACGGCCUGGGCAAGCAUGAUGCCAGCUUAACCAUGGACCAGAUAAGCAAUGUCCUGAAAUGGUCAUGGCUCGCCAACACGCCGGGUCUCUUGGUGUCCAUCACGGCCCGUAUCUCUAUCGCCAUCCUGCUGGUGCGGCUCUUCGGCGUCCACGAGUGGUUCAAGUGGUUCGUCAUCGUCGUCACCGCCGCGUGCUCCAUCAUGAUCAUCGUCAUCAUCCCAUGCACAUACUUGCAAACGACACCAGUGAGCGGGAAUUGGAACCCGUUUGAUCCAAGUGUCACGCGCUGGAACCCAAAGAUUUACAUCACCAUGGCUUUCGUCGGCCAGGCAUUCAUAACAUUCUCCGACCUGACCUUCGUCCUGUUCCCCGUCAUCAUCAUCUGGCGGUUGAGGAUGGCCCUGACCCAACGGGUGGCUCUCAUCUUCCUCCUCGGCGUAUCCCUGUUCACCAUGGUCAUGUCCAUCCUCAAGACCAUCGGCCUCCAGACCAUCGCCGACCAGCAAAACGACCCUACAGCAACGGACGUCCUGUACAACGCCUCGCUCCAAAUCCUCUGGUCCUGCCUCGAACAGGCCUGCGUCAUCAUCAUGGGCUGCGUCCCGCCGCUGCGGUCGCUCAUGAGGCUGGAAUCGACACGCGCCCUGUCUGCCUCGCUGAGCAGUCUUCUCCGGCGUGCCAAGCCGUCCCAGACCUCCUCGAGCAAGGAGUACAAGCACAGCGGAUCCGGGUAUGCCGAUUUGGAGAUGCGUCCCGAUCAGCUCGGCCGGCUGGGCGGUUCCUCCGCCGUGGCCAUGCAUGAGCAGGGGACAUGGGACAGCCAGCAGGACCUGGUCAAGGGGAAUGGCAUGAUUAUGCAGGCUAACGAGUAUUCUGUGUCGUACAGCCAGAGGUAUGAUGGUAAUGUAUGA